CAUAUAAAAUAAUCGUCUAUAUAAAUACUAGACCAUUGCUAAUAGAUUUCUCAGUUUGUCUCAAUAAAAACAAAAAUACAACAUACCGGUGCUUUUUACUAAAUAUAACUUUCCCAACAACAACAACAACACCAACAAAUCUACCAUGUUCAAAUUAGUAUUGAUUAUGUUGGUAGUCGGGUGCUCCAUGGCCCAGGAUGUCCUAAUUAUUGAUGACCAAACCGAAUGGGGACAGGCAUUGAUCAAACGUAUGAUGGAAGCGGUAAAUAUUGAACAAAAAACCCACGACCAGGUCAUGACCUAUAAGUCGGUUAUUGAUGUUAUGGGCGAAAAAGGACUGUUCACUGCCUAUCUACAUGUGCUUAACCAGAAAAACGUAUUCUACUCGUGCACAGUUAGAUUGGCUAUUGACUCGAAAAUUAAAGACUAUUAUAAUAUUGGCGCCAAUGAGUGUCAUAAGGAUCACUAAAAAAAAUCCAAACAUAACUGUCCCCUCAAAAAAAAAAUAAUUAAAUAAAAAUUUUUUAACUAAAAAUAAAUAUUGCACUAAAUUUAUUUAAAAUAAAAUUUAUCUGUUUGUUUAUUUUGUUAAUGUAAUUAUUAUUUUAAAAAUAUAUUUUUUCAAAAUGUAUAAAUAAAAGUUAUAAUUAAAUGAAAAAUAAAUAAUUUAUUUUAU